AUGGGCUCGGUUCUGCCCGCCGGGCCCGCCCUGGCCCUGAAGCCGGCCCUCAGGCCGCAGCCCCCGCUGUCCCUCGCGGACAUCAUCACCUCCGACAUCCUGCACAGCUUCCUGUACGGCCGCUGGAGGCACGUGCUGGGCGAGCACGAGGAGCGCGGCGCGCCGGGCGCGAGCCCCAAGACGGCCUUCACCGCCGAGGUGCUCGCGCAGUCCUUCUCUGGAGAGGUUCAGAAGUUGUCCAGUCUGGUUUUACCCACCGAGGUGAUCAUCGCCCAGAGCUCAGUUCCAGGAGAAGGCCUUGGGAUUUUCUCUAAGACCUGGAUCAAGGCGGGGACAGAGAUGGGACCCUUCACGGGACGCCUGGUCUCACCUGAACACAUCGACUUAUACAAGAACAACAACCUGAUGUGGGAGGUCUUCAACGAGGACGGAACGGUUCGGUAUUUCAUCGAUGCGAGUCAGGAGGACCAGCGGAGCUGGAUGACCUACAUCAAGUGUGCCCGGAACGAGCAGGAGCAGAACCUGGAGGUGGUCCAGAUCGGCAGCAGCAUCUUCUACAAGGCUGUGGAGACGAUCCCUCCGGACCAGGAGCUGCUCGUUUGGUACGGAAACUCUCACAACACCUUCCUGGGAAUUCCUGGAAUUCCAGGAGGAGAUGAAGAGCAGAGCAAGAAGACCAAAACGGACGACUUCCACCCCUGUGAAGGCCCCAUCACUGCUGCCGCCGCCUCCUCCUCCUCAUCGUCAUCCUCCUCUUCCUCUAGCCUGGGACGCAUGCGCUGCGUCAUCUGUCACCGCGGCUUCAACUCACGCAGCAACUUGCGCUCACACAUGCGCAUCCACACCCUGGACAAGCCUUUUGUCUGCCGCUUCUGCAACCGACGCUUCAGCCAGUCGUCCACACUGAGAAACCACGUGCGCCUGCACACCGGGGAACGCCCCUACAAGUGCCACGUGUGCCAGUCCGCAUACUCGCAGCUGGCCGGCCUGCGUGCGCAUCAGAAGAGCGCCAGGCACCGGCCCUCCGGAGACCCCAAUGCCCAAGCGGGAGCCCUUAUGGUGGUGGGAGGUGGAGGGGUGCACUCACCUCCUCCAUCUCACCCACCGCAGCUGACCGCUGUGCCUCACCCGGCCUCGCUAGUCCAUCACAUCCCCACCAUGGUGCUGUGA